AUGUCGAAUAAGAUUAAAGAAAAAAAGAAGCUUAAAAAAAAAAAAGGGAAAAAUGAUCAAGAGGAAAAGAAAAUACAAAAAUAUAUGAACAAUUUAUGGGGAUUUUCAUCAUCAGAAAAUGAAGAAAAGAAAGAACAUGAAAAUGAAAAUGAAAAUGAAAAUAAAGAUGAUAUUAAAUAUAAUACAAAACAGAAAAAUAAAAAUAUAAAAAAUAAUGAUAAUAUAAUGAAUAUAUAUAAUAAUAAUAAUAAUAAUGAUGAUGAUGAUAAAUAUUUAUUAAAUGAGAACCAUAAAAAAAAAAAAAAGGAUUACACUUGUGAUGAAAAAACUAACAUAAUAGUUAAUGAUAAAGAGAAAAAUAAUAAUAACAAUAUUAAUAAUACAUAUAAUAAUAAAAAUGUAUCAGUGACAAUAGAAAAAAACAAAAAAGUUCAAGAGCAUCUUAAUAAAAAAUAUGAUAAUAAUAAUGAAAAUAAAAAAUUUAUAAAAAAUACAAUAAUCAAAAAUGAUAUGAAUGAUAAAAAUUUAUAUAAAGAAAAGUUAAAAGAAAAAAAGAUUUUUAUGGAUACAGUUCAUGAAAUAAGAAAAAUGACAUUGCCAUAUCUAGAUAAAUUUCAAAGAAAAAAUGUUCAGAAUUAUCAAAUAAAAACACUUGGAGGAAAAUUUGAGAAAAGUUCAAAAAUACAUUACACAGAACUUAUGUCUAGAAAAAAGUCAAUAAAAAAAUAUAUUCUUAAAAGAAAAGAAAAAGAUAAAAUUUUAGGAGUACAAACACAAACAGGAAAUUAUAUUGAUAUGCAGGAUGUUUUUAGAAAAAACAAAAAAAU